AUCAACGGCGCCGGCCGCCUCCGGCCAGCGUGCAUGCUUUCGCACCUCUGCGCAACAGGUGCUUUGCGCACGGUGCAUGCACGAUGGGCAUAAAUGGCGCGCAGCGACUAACCGAGUUGGAGCACUCAGCUUCACAGCAACUAUGACUUCGUCCACUAUCCCUUCAUUUACACUGGGCCGCGUUCUGAAGCUCGGCUCCCUCGCCGGCUUGACCUACGCGGCCUUCGAAACCGCCCGCCUCAACUACCGCUAUCCGCUGCACGUGGGAAGCUCGGCGCCGCCGUCUUCGGCUGCUUUGUGGCCUGCGGGCCUCGGCGCCAUCUACGAGAUCCGCGCCCUCACGCGCAUCCCGCGUGGCGCAGACCCGCGUGAAACGCUCCUCAACGCCUUCUACGAUACGUGGACACUGCGUGUCGAGGCCUUCAUCUACCGCAAGUUCGGGGCGGAAUGGGUGAUUGAACCUCCCCCCGCAUCCGCAUCAUCCCUUGCACAGCCGCAGAGGGCCCCCGUCAAGCUCGAGCCGCCGGACCGCGAGUUUGCCAGCCGACCGCCCGCGGCACCGUAUACGCCUCCGCCCACACCAGCCUCGCCCGGCACCACCACUCCCACUCCCGAAACGCUGCCGACCGGAUACGCGUCCGGCCUGUUCCCCGUUCUCGGCCGCACCGCUGAGUCCACGAUGGUCUUCUGGGGCUCUAUCAAUAACACGGGUGGCGCCCAGCUCCUCACCUGCACCCGCGUGCCCAACUCGAGGUCUGACGAGGUGCAGAUCUCGUUCGGAUGCGCCGAGACACCAUUCCUAAAGGAGGGCACUGUCAUCGGUUGGGUCGGCACAACGUUCCACCGCAUGUACAUGCGCUUCCUCGUCGAUCGUGCGGCUCGGCGGAUGGAGAAGUGGGCCGGCACGGCUGACAGUCGUCAGUGAUUCGCACGAGGAUUUGCGCACUGGAGCUUAAUGAGACCACGGACGGGGAGAAUAUUGUAUAAUAAAACUAGACUUUAUCCGCAUGUGCUUUUACAUACUGCUCCCAUCUGCAAAACUUGUCUGUUGCAUAUGUCUUGCAAUACAUUAUGUACAUACAUUUAUCUGAUGCAAACUCCUACUUUCGCAUACUUCAGCCC